UCAAAUUUUGACUCGAGACGUAAAAAUAAGUAAAAAUGAUCGAAACUGUAAUAGGGAAAAUAAAUGACUGUCGAUCUCGUGAAAUAAUUACCAAAACAACAAAAUGUUGUAACGUUCCAAUUGCUUUGAGUAAAGACGAAGAUAUCUUGAAUGGUUUCGAGAGAGCAGCACGCCGGAGUGUCAGUUGGUGUCAGUAUUCUUUUCACCGCCGUACAAAGGUCCACGUGGGUCCUCUAAAAAGUCAGCAUGGCAGAAUGUAUCGAUAGAAGUGACGAGCAAUUACUGUCAAAGAAAACACAGAAUUAUCAGAAUGAGAAUGUUAAUCCUGCGAAGAAUGUCACAAAGAGACGAACAGAUGAUUCUUUGAGGAAUCCUAGAACGAAAAUUGUAAAACAACUGAAUGCACACGAGAUUCGAAACAGAUACAACUUGAACGGAGUACAGAUAGAUAAUGAACAACUGUAUCAACAACAAUUCGAUAAUCUUGUGGCGAAUAAAUUAAAGUACUCGACACUUACACAACAGGAAUUAAACAUUCUGUUCUUAAAAUAUAAAUCCGAUCGACAUUACAAGCCCACCGAGACUUUCGUAACAUUUUUCCAUAAACAAUGCACGGUUAAUAACAGAAGUCACUACGAUCAAUUUCCUGAUAUGCAACAAAAGUCUGGAAAUUCAUUUGAUGCGUGUAAUCAAGCUCAAUAUGUUCAAGAUAAUUCUAAGUACGUGGCACAAGGAAACGGGGAAGAGAAUCAGUAUCUGUACUUCAGUGAAAAUUACAAUCAUUCUAAUCACGCUUAUAGAAAUUUUAACGUGCAACCAUACAACAAUACGAACAAUGCAGAAAGUUAUGAUUACUCAAAUGAUAGAAUUCCUGCGUCAGACGAAUAUUACUCGUGCGGUUUAAUGAAUCCAACUAAUAUUUCUUCGCAGAAUUGUAGAUAUGGAGACACAACCGUCCUCUGCGAUCUUUCAAACUCAAAUCAACUGUACGAGAAUUCACAACAGAACUAUACGAGCUUCUUACCUCAGUACAAUAAUUAUGGAGUGAAUCUAAAUUAUGAUGAUUACCUCUUGAACACAUGGAAUAACAAGACUACUGCAAACAACACCUGGAGCCAAUCGAGAAACACACAAUAUCACAAUCAAAUGGAACAUUAUAAUAACAGAAACAGUUCUUAUCAAUUUACAGGAUACAAUUUCGAAGAACAGAACAACUUUAACGCACUGAAUCAUAAUGAAGCUUAUUUUAAAUCUUACGGUGAUUAUUUCAAUGAAAACAAUACUGAACAAGAUUUAAAUAAUUACCUUCUGAAACCAUCAAUAGCAGAUGCGCUCUUUUCAUACAUGACUGAUAUUCCGGAUAAUUAACACUUUUGUUACGUCUUUCUUUACGAAUGUUAAUUUUUAUAAGAUAUUUACAAAAUAUUCUCGGGUCAAUCAAGAAACGUACCAUUUUACAGUCAAAUGGAACUUUGUAAUAACAGAAACAAUUCUUAUCAAUUUAUAAGAUACAAUUUCUAAGAACAGACCAACUCUUACGCAUUAAAUCAUGCUGAAGCUUAUUUUAAAUAUUAUUAUAGUUGUUUAAGUGAAAAGAACAUCGAAGUAGAUUUCAGUAAUUACACUGUGCACAUUUACACUAUCCGAAAACAUUUCGUCGAUUGCGAACACAUUUAUUUUAUACACUAGGUACUAUGGAUAAUUAAUACGCUUGUGAUGUCUUUCGUUACCAAUGUUAAUUUUGAUAAGAUAUUUAUAAAAUAUUUAUUUUACAUCCAUAUACAUUUUUAAGGUAAAUACGAUGCACACAAAAAGUGUAAAUAUAUACACGAACAGUACCUUUAUCUUAGAUAUAUACGUAUUUUCGACUUAAAUGUAAAACGAACAUACUGCAUUAAUUAAUGUACAAGUUACUCUGCAGAAAUAUCAUUCUUAAAUAUAUAUUAAUUUAUGUUCUUUUAAAAUAUGUAUCAAGAAUAUUAUAACUGAGUUAUAGAAAUUAAGUUGCUAAAUAGUAUGUGUUACGUUUUUCACUUGGAAGAUUAAAUCUUGUUACGUUUCUGCUUAAAUAAAGUGUUCGUU